AUGAAUGGAAAGAAACCAAUAAAUGUGAAAAAUUCUGCUGAUCAAUCUAAAUCGAUUGAUAGAAAACAAGAAAUAUCACCUAUUCUUAUUUCGUAUAAUAAAAAUAAUGAUGAGAAAAAUCAAGAAGAUAAUUUUAUUUAUUAUAAUAAUGUUCAACAAUGUAUUCAAGCUAUUGAACAAUCUUCUAUACCCAUAUUUCUCAUAUUAAACGGUACAUCAGCAACUGAUAUUCUUUCUCGUAUUCAUUCAUUAACACAAAUUGAUACUAUUUUUAUUUAUUGUAAUUCAUCACGAGAACAACAAAGAUGUCAAUAUCUUUGUCAACAUUAUUCAAAAAUAUUUGAUCUAUUCAUUGAUCGUAAACAAUUACUUGAUACUAUUCAAGAAAAUGUUCUUCUCUAUCAAAAACAAUCAGGUAAUGAUUAUCUUCAUUUAGCUGAACAAUAUAAACAAAAAAAUGAAUUCAAUUAUGCACUUAAAUAUACUUAUAAAGCAUUGGAUAUUUAUCGAAAGACACUUUCAAAUCAAAAUCAUCCACUAAUUGCUCGAUGUUUAAAUAAUCUUGGUGCAAUUUAUGAUGCUCAAGGUGAUGUUAAUCGUUCAUUUGAAUUUUAUGAACAAGCUAUCAAAAUCUAUUCUCAUUUAAAACCAUCUUUAUGUAAUCAACCAGUAUCAAAUAUAUUGAAAAAAUAA